UAUUCCAGAUUUUUUUUUAAAUAGGUGGAAUUUCCCUUUAGUCACUGACGUCCUCGUCACUGCAGCGUCAGUGUUGUGUUUACUGGAAAAGGCAUUUUAAUUUGAAUUUUGUGUUAAAAUACUCAUUUUUAAUCUUGCUUAGACCAAACAUCAGUGGCCCUUCCAGUUUCCAAAUAUAGCCGGGAAUGCCAGUGGAUCAGUCCUGCGCUCAUGUCCACAAACAGAAACAUGAAGACUAAUAAAUACACUCACUGGCCUCUUUAUUAGGUACAGUAAAAGAUUGGACCUCCUUUUACCUUCAGAACUGCCUUAAUUCUGCUUAACAUCCGACGGCAUCACUUGGGAAGAGUUCCUUCUCUAACCAUGUUAGACAAGCCAAGAACACUAGUGCGCUAUUAAGCUGGAAUUCUUGUGGAGUAGAUUGUAGGAUUUUUUCAGGUUUACAAAUUUGGCCUUUGCCUUUUCAGCCCUGCUGCUCUUUACAGAGAACAGUGAGUCACACAGACUCACGAACCUCAUAAACUGCUAGAUCAUAAUCCAUAAUCAGCUCUGUUAGUGAUUCCAGUGUGACGGAGUGGGAGUGCAGUUAGCACCAGGCUAAUUCUUACAUAUGAGUUUGCAUUGCUUGUUAGCUACGUUAGCCUCGUAUAUGGCUAAUCUUGCCUCGUGAAGUGGACCUGAUUUAGAUUUUGGGCUUGUUUUUGUUCUCUCGUCCAGAUGUCCAGCGCAGAGUCCGCGCUGUACUGUAAUUUGGACUGAUGUAAAUUUGGCUUAGCGAGUCUAAAAAAGCACAUUUUUCUCUCAGGGUUGAGUUUCAGCCUCUGAUUUGCUGACCAGGCGCACAAACCGGCCCAGAAUAUCCGCCUGUGUUUUACACUGAAGGUACUGGCACACACACACACACACACACACACACACACACACACACACACACACACACACACACACACUUAUAUACGAUAAACAUGAGGUCUGAGUGGACACUGCAGAGUGGACCAGUGACAACAUGAAGAUUAAGAGCUGAAGGGAGAUUUUAACCGUAAACAGAACCACUUUAGGGGAGAUAAGACAACGCUGGAACACUGUGGACCAUCUCAGAGUGAAUUAGACCAGGUGAGCGUCAGGUUGACUGCAGUUCAGUGGAUGCGGGUGGUGACGUGACGGUGGAUGAUGUUCGAGCUAAAGUGGACCGUCCUGCUGCUCAUCCUCGGGCUCCUGACCUCCUCCACACCUAUGCAUCUUCAUAAUCACAGGCCGAGUGUACAGGACUCCAUGUCGUCGGAGAGCAGCGACUCCACUGCCAGCACAGAAACGGAUGAACAGGCUUCCUCUGCUGCCCCUCAGCUGAUUGAUGAAAAGUUUUACGCCUCAGAAAGUGACAUCAUAGUAAGAGCGCCCGCAGACUUCGGACGGCCCAACGAGAACAGCCACAGCUCUGUUACCGUCAGCCUACAGGACGAGAACACCAACGUCUCGAUGGACGCUCUAACCUUCGUCUUCACCACACAGAGCGAGGACAGCCAGAGCAGUGAAAGCAGUGGACUCGGCGAUGAAGGAAUGCAGGCUGAUGAGCCCACAAUGACUCGACUCGAUGUAACUGAUGAGAAAAACAGCAGAUCAGAGAUUGUUGGUCGAGAGAAUAAAAUGGGUUUUGACAGCAGUGAAUAUUCACCAGACACCUCUGCGAAUGAAGAUAAAACCAACACAGCUUCAGUAAUUUAUCCUCCAGACCAUCAAACGACAGAUUUUAACAGCAUUGAAGCUCUACAGAAGGCAAUGGAUGAGCUCAGCGAUGAUAUCCAGGCUGAUGAUGCUUUUAUAGCUUUGCCACAUUAUGGUAAAGCUCAUGAGGAAAGGUCCAGUGUUGCCUCAAAUGGUGAGGCAAAGCAAGCCGGUGAAAGCAGCAUGAGUCCUAAACCCUCGUACACUGCUGACCAUAGGUUUGACUUGAGUUCUGAGAUAACAUACCCAGACAAUUCAACAGUCCUUGACUCUACUGAGUCAAACUCCAGCUUAGAAGACACAGAUGCCUCAAACUCGACUGAUUCCGGAUCGGAUAACCACUAUAGUAGCCCUACAGAGAACCAGACUCCAAGCAAAUCCCUUGAUGAUCCUCAAUCAGACAGUGUAGAACUUUCCACCAUACUCACUACUGCCCUUCACUCUCUCUUAGGAGACCUUAUUGGUCCGAGAUCUAUUCCUGCUCCUCUAAACCUACUGUCUCUGACCAGCAGGGAGGACCGAGCUUCAAGGGAAGCAAGGGGCAAAGGAGCCAACCUGGGAUCAGAUUCCAUAGAUAAUCAGGACCUUCACUCACAUUCAAGCCCCACUUCAGGUUCUUGGACGUUCCAGACAGUCUCACCAAUCAGCUCCAGCUCUGAAGAGGAAGAAGAUGAUGGGGAUAAAGCCUUUGUCACUGAUGCAACACCUAGCCGUACUGCAAGUCCAGUGCCUAGUCCAGAGCUCUUCUCAGGUCCGAUAUAUGUCAAUGAUGGCUGGCCAGCUUCUGACUACUCCUACUCUUUGAACAAUUUUAGGCACCACUAUGCGGAAUACGAAGAAUGGGAUCAUACAGACAAUUCCAUCAAAUCAAACCACCCUGGAGCACCAACAGACACAAAUACAUACCCCAAAACUGACGAACAAGAUCUGGAACAGGGUCCAACAGAGGAAAGCAGUCCAGCAUAUUCAGAGGAGGCAACAGAGAAUGAGGACCUUCCUACAGAAGUCUCAAAAAGUGAGGACAACUCACAAGAUGAAGAACAACUUGAGAUGGCAUCUGGUUCUCCAGCAUCCAGGGAAGAUGUUAACUCUAGUUCCAGCGAGACCAGCAGAGAAACAGCCUUGCAGAUUCCCAAAGCUCCAGAAGCAUCUCCCACUGGUGCUGGACCUACUUUGUCCAAUAGUCAGGAGAGCAUAGAGACCAUGGAAGAUGUUGGUAGUGAAACAGGAGCCGUAACAAUGAGUUCCAGUAGUGAGGAAAGUGUUGAAAUGGACUCUCUUGAUGACCAGAGUUCAGCACCAGUGCGCUCCAACAGUAAAGACAGCCAGAACCAGACAGACUGGCAGUUAGCCCACACAGAUGCUCAGCUUGUGGUGCAGGUUACUCCUGACAUUCAGGCAGCUUCUGCUGCUGAAGGACAAGGCAAACCUGUAGAUCUUACACCUGGAUCGAGCUCAGAGGAAGAGUUGGAUCCCAUUUCAACAGGUAUGAUAUUCAGCCAUGCACCCAUGUCCAGUGAAGAGCAGGUGUUUCGAGCAAACAUAGACAAUAGAACUGAAAUAAUCUCAACGUCCAAUGAAGAAGAGGCUAAUGUUAGGUUGAACCUUGCUGUCCCAGGCAACUCCAGCUCAGAAGACAGUCCAAAUGAAGAAUCACUGUCAGCUGAAUCCACCACUGACAGCCCAGGAACCAGUGUGGAGUCGACUCCUGAAUUGACUCUUAGCCAUGAAUCACUGGACGUCACCACAGAGCACCCAACGGUCAUCUCAGAAUCAGUUUCCGUAAGUGUUUCCCAUGUUGGCGAUGAGGACCUGUCCAGUGAGAUUCCAAGUCCAAGUGCAGACAGUGAAGAGUCCCCGGAAUCGCAAGGCCUUACCUCGUCCACAGUUCCUCCUGUCGCUAGAAACCCCAGCCGAGCCCUACAAACUGAAAAGAGCAGUGAAGAAGAUGACAUACAGGACAUGAGGUCAGACCAGGUGAUGACCCGUCGUUUCCAUAGUAACCCCAGGCCUACAGCCAUGCCUCAGGAAACAGCAGCCAAUCCCUGGACGGCGUUUCUUCAAGCCCUGAGAGCACACGUGACCAAUCAAAGCGUGCAACAUGCUGACCACAAAGGCCAGAGAUCAUGGAGUAACUAUGGUCACCAUAGCAACAGAGGAAAGAAAGCAAGCAGCAGUGAGGAAAGCAAAUGAGGGUUAUCAUAGUACAGUACAGUGCCACAAACCGUCUCACAGCAGCAUUGACUUUUACUUCUUGGUGGUAUUUAAACAUGUUCACUGCAACGUAUUUCAUCUUUCUGGGUGAAAAACAGUAUCAAAUAUUUAAAAAUCUACAUAAAAGUAAGUUUUCUUCCAGAUAUUGCAUCUACACCGCCGUCCAAGGCUCCUUUUUCUGUUUAAAGAUAAAAAAAAACUGACCAUAAAUGUCCAUUCAAAACAAGCUGUGCCAGGUUUGCGAGACAUAGCACAGAAUAUUAGUGCUCACAUUGCAUUGGUGUAUUAAAUGUAUUCAGAAUUUCUGCAUUA